AUGUCGGAUGCCAGUACAGCUGCCACCCGCAGCGCCGAUGCGGCAGCCGAAAUGAUCGCGCAGAUCCACUACUUCGUCAAGGCCUUUACGAUGCCCGUCCUCGUUGGCACAUGCAUCUCCUGCCUCUUCGCCGGCUUGGUCACCUCGCUGAUCUGCCGGUACUUCGCAAGAUACGGCAAGAGCGACCGUUGGGCGUUCCGCAUCCUGGUCGGCUUCUACCUCGUUGCGCUCCUCGCCGACACGGCCACCCAGAUCGCCUGGACCUACUCGUACGCGAUCAAUGGCCAGCUUGACCCAGUCAACGCCUACCGGCUGCCUCGCGAGUUCAUGGCUUUCACCGCCAUCACCGCGUGCACCGUCUUCACCGCUCAGAUCUUUUUCAACUGGCGUAUCUGGAUCAUCAGCGGCCGCAAGAAUUGGCUGCUGUGCGGCGCAGUCUGCAUGCUCCAACUCGGCGCAAUGGGCUGCGGGAUGUACAUGUUUGCGGCAAUGGCGGAAGAAGUAUGGUUCCCUGAGUUCGGCAACGUGCGACAAGCUCCGUUUGCUUGGCUCGGCGCAGGUCUCGGUACAGACGUUCUUAUCACCGCCGGCAUGACCUACUACCUCAUCAUCGCUCCUCGCCUGAACGGCGUCAACGUAAGGAAGACCCAAGUUGUCGAGUCGCCACUUCGACGUCUCGCCAUCCAGACGUUCCAGACGAACGCCGUCUCGCUUUGCCUCCAGACUGUCACGCUCGCAAUGAUGGUUCACACUAUUAAGGACAUGAACUACGCCAUCAUCGGCUUCCAGGAAGCGAAGAUCUACAUCGCGUCCGUCGUCAUCUCGCUCAACGCCCGCCACACAACAGGCGAGAACUCUGCGCACUUCAGCGAAUCCAACCCCGGCGCAACCGGUCGCUCGAAAGCCCUUGGCGGCUCCUCCUCUCGUUUUGGCCGCUCGACAACCGGCGCAGGUCUCGUCUCGCAGGGACAGCAACAGUCCGUGCAUGUCGCGGUGGAGCAGGAGCGCAGGGUGGAUGAGAUUGAGCCGAGUGUGGCGAGCCCGAGGCCGUAUACGGUCAAGUUUGAGCGGGUGGAGAGCGACUGGACUGGAGGGGAGAAGGGAGAUCUCGAGCUGGGCAGGCUGGAGGAUGUGCACCUUGACGGGAAGCUGUAG